AUGAUUGACAAGUUGGCACAGUUGGCACCUGCCAAAAAGACGGACAAGAAUCAAGCAGUCUUUGAAUACCAAUCUAAAAGACUGAUCCAGUGUUUGAUUUCUGCUCGUAUUUUUGUUCUGAAAACACUCUGUGAAACAAAUCCCGAUCUCAAGCCUUUUACAUGGCUAUGCAUUCAAACAAGUAUACAAACUGGUGUACUCUUUUGUAAAAUAUUCAAACAUCUAUCUAAGCUUCCUUGGUCUGCGUUUGAUAAAGUCUAUCAACAAUUGAAAUCAUGGUUCCUAAAAGACGGUCGUGUUAUAUUUGACGAAUCGCAGCAUAUGCCAAGUCUUUUAAAGUCGGGCUAUCGUUCAACAACAAUCCAUCAACACUGCUGGACAAUUUGAUUUUCCUCAGUCGUUGUUUUCGUUUUUGACCAGAACUAUUAUCCAAGAUGACUUCAACAAUAUAUGGUGCGGAACACAAAUGCGAAUCUGCAUUAUGGACUUGACAUACUCUGCUGCUGGACUCAAACCAGAUAAUAUGUUGAUAUUCACCGACUUCAACUACUUGAAAUCAUCCGAUAUUUUCAAACUACUAUUGAUGUGUCAAAAAAUAUUGACCUUC